ACAGCUGUGUUUGAUUUUGCCGGCACAGGUCCUGAAGUCCAUGGCAAUAAGAAUGCACCACGUGCCAUCACUACCUCGGCUAUCAUCUACUGUCUGCGGUGUAUGGUGGGCCAUGAUAUACCUCUCAAUCAGGGAUGCCUGAAGCCCGUUAAGAUUAAUGUCCCUUCUGGCUGUAUCCUUGCACCCUCUGAGAAUGCCGCAGUAGUUGGUGGUAACGUGCAAACAUCUCAACGUGUCGUAGACGUGGUCCUUAAGACAUUCCGCGUGUGUGCAGCCUCACAGGGCUGUAUGAAUAACAUGACAUUUGGAGAUGAUGAAGUUGGUUACUAUGAAACAUUAGCUGGUGGUCACGGUGCUGGGCCUGGAUGGGAUGGCAGAGGAGGAGUACAUACCCACAUGACCAAUACAAGAAUUACUGACCCUGAAAUAUUUGAACGAAG